AUGCAGAGACUUUCGCACGAGCUCCUCCUCCUUGUUGCCAAUCUCCUCAGCCCUGAGGAUCUUUGGAAUCUCAGUCUUGUGUGUAAGAAAUUCGUUUUUCUCAUGCACGAUGAGUCCUGUGCAAAAACCAUACUUGAGGAUCACGCCCCGUUUUCCACCGAGAUGAGAGAUGCGCGUCCAUAUGGAAAUUACGCUCGUGCAUUUCGCCGACGAGCCAAGGUCCGCGAUGCCGUCACCAUGGCCGAGCCAUACUUAGCAGCCGUCGUUGCGCACGCGAAUGAAUACAUCUACUGCAACGGCAUGCUUUGCUACACGCAGAUAGAAGCCCGAAAACUUUGCCUUCAUAGUAUUCACCAGUCGGCGCCGAAGAAGAUCGAAAUAAGCGUGGACAGACUGCUUGCUUCCAUGCUCCAAACUCCUCCGGCACAGAAGUAUAAGUUUCGACCUAUACACUUCUCAGACAACAUUCUGUCCUGCCUGUACAUCCCGCGUGAGAACACAGGAAGUAAAAAACUUUUCGUCAUCGAUAUUGAGAAACGGAGGAGUUUCCUUCCUAAAAGCCUCCAUUCCUGCAAGAAGCCAUUUGUCAGAAAUAAUCAGGAGUAUUUGUACUAUGGAGCUUAUGACGACGACGAUAAGUGGAAGCUUAAAGUUUUGAGUCUGAGCAAGGAUUCCUGGCUACCUGGCCUUCUGGUCUUGGAUGAUCUCGCCGGCUUCGACGUUGGGAUCACGCUGGCCUUCGAAAUCGUGGACGAUCACUUCUACGCUGUGUCAACCGUACCAAAAGAUGAACCUGAAGGAACUGGUCACUUGUCUCGUUAUCACGGCGUGCGCUAUCCCCUUGGUAUGCACAAUCUCGAGAAUAAGCAGCUGAUGUCUGAAUCCAUGUUUCGUCGCGAUCACCGAGACGGCCCGAUGGAUAACAGAUGGACGACCCUCAGCCUCGAGAAAGACUCCAAAACAGGAGUUCUUGAGGUCGUGGAGUGUCGAAGAGAAUAUUCUUACAACGGCAACGGGAAAUCGAGGGCUGCCUCGAGCUCGAGGACUGCGUAUCGAACGGCGGUCGAUUUCUACAACGACGAGCCUGCUGAUGAUUCGGUGUCUAUAGGAGAAGGCAUUGAGCAAGAGUCCGUCCAGGUGCCUGGCUUUCAAGAUCAGACACCGCGCUCCCACGGAAGUCCAUCGACCUUUCACCGAGGAGACGAUAGCUUCACAGAGCCGCUCAUUACCUUCAACAAUUGCUUUGUGAGGUCCUACAACAGCCCCUGCGGAGCUUUCUUGGACUUGAUCAACCCUGCGGCUGUAGGUGAGAAGCCUACGAGCCUACAACUGCGAAGCAUGACUCGUUUGCAGGCGGCAACGCACAAGCAGCCAGACUCUCGAGAAACAAACCACAUCGAAAACGUGAUAUCUUACUGGACACUUCAGAUGAAAGCAGAUGGAGAAUCAAAAAAACUGGCUGACACCCUCAUCCCACAUGGUCAAGACUCCCAGUGGGAAAUUUCCGGAGUAGCUGAUGACCGAUCUCUUAUCUACAUCUCAGGAAACACGAAGACCAAAAAUUUACGCCCUCUGGUGCUCAUCUCUUUUGACCCUUCCAUCAAACUGCCUGGGGUUCUCAACUGGCUGGGGGCACCACUGCAGAACACCAAAGGAGUUGAGGUGAAACCUCAUCCUGAUGCGCCAGCAAACCAGGGCGGUUAG